GGAGGGGGGUGUUUCUCAUGCAGUUCGCAGUACGUGCGCUCAAUUCUGAAAGUGGUAGUCUAAAUCUCACGUUGCGUCUAAAGGAAGUAAGCAUUUGUCAGGCAGUCUUAAUCGCGAACCGUCCCGAGGUGAUGGUUCGGGGCAAUCCCAAGAGCCAAGGGCGCUGAGAGCGGAAGGAAGGGGCGAGUGGAGAGUUCUGCAGAAAGAGCGCGUGCUAAACCCCAGGCUGUUGAGUAGCAGCCACGGGGGCAAGAAUAUGACCGAAGAAGCCAAAAAGCUGGCCGCCUGGGCUGCGAUAAACAAUCACGUGCAGACUAAUCAUGUCCUUGGAAUUGGAAGUGGAUCUACAAUUGUUCAUGCUGUACAUAAAUUGGCCGAGAGAGUCAAAAAAGAGAAUCUCAACAUAGUUUGUAUACCUACCUCUUUUCAGGCACGUCAGUUGAUUCUGCAGAAUGGCUUAAUCUUAAGUGACUUAGACAGACAUCCUGAAUUGAAUAUCGCUAUUGAUGGAGCUGAUGAAGUUGACUCAGACCUCAAUCUUAUCAAAGGAGGAGGGGGUUGCCUGACGCAGGAGAAGAUAGUGGCUAGUUGUGCAAAAAGCUUCAUAGUUAUUGCUGAUUACAGAAAAAAGUCUAAAAACUUUGGAGAACAGUGGAAGAAGGGGAUUCCUAUUGAAGUCAUCCCAAUGGCCUAUGUGCCAAUCACUAAGCGUCUGACCAAUAUAUUUGGAGGUGUUACAGAAUUGAGGAUGGCUGUCAAUAAAGCUGGUCCUGUGGUGACAGACAAUGGAAAUUUUUUAUUGGACUGGAAAUUUGAUAAACUUCAUAACUGGAAUGAAGUGAAUAUAGCAAUCAAGAUGAUACCAGGAGUGGUGGAAACAGGUCUGUUCAUCAAUAUGGCAGAGCGGGUUUACUUUGGCAUGGAAGAUGGUUCUGUUAGUGUACAUGAGAAGCUAGUUCACUGAUUUAUAACAAUUACUCUGCUCUACUCUGCUAUCGUAUUCUUUUGAAAAAAUAUCAUCCUGAUGCCAGCCUGACAACUUGCCUUAAAGCAUUCAGUCUGGAUCUCAGUGAAUGGAGUAAAAAGGUCCAGAGAAUGUCAUCUUAAAAUCUAUUUUUAAUGUAAUUUUUUUAAACAUGAUCAUCAUUUUGAAUGUUUCAAAUUUUUUAUUUUUUUAUAUAAAUAAUUUACAAAAGUUACUUUGUACAGUAUUGGACUAUUUUGACUGCAGUGCAUUAUGAGGGAGAGUAAGUAAAUAAAAUACGUGAUAAGGUUCAAUCCAAAAAACUCAAGAUGUAUUUAUGUGAAAGGGCUGUAUUCAGCUAGAAACCUUUUGGUUCUAUAUUUUAUGCCUUUAAAAUGAUUUUAAUCAUUAUUUUAAUUAGAUAAUGUUCUUUAUAUUCUUUGCAAUGCAACUAAUAUUUCAGCAGUUGAUUUUUGCAAUCUAAAUUAAAUUUUAAUGUCUGCUUAGAACUGACUUAGUAUAUUUUGCAUCUCCUUUAUUGUUCACAUGUUGCCAUGAGAAUUAAUGUGUGAAAAACAGAUUGUGUGUCUGGACCAUUCUAGCCAGUGUCACGGACACUAAUCAAAAGUGACUUGAAUUUAUUAUAUCAGCACUGUGAGGAGACCACAUUUUCCAAUGUUUCCGAAGCAGCUUGGAAGAAGUUUUGCCACAAAGUUUAAGCCAAUAAGAGUAAUGCAUUUAUUAGUCCAAAAUUUAAUGUGUAAAUUCAGUACUCCAUUAUUUAUUCCUAGUAGCAAAAGAUUCCAGUCUAUUUUAACCAUUAUUUAUGGACAUGUUUUGGGGUUCAAUUCUUAUUAAGAGCUGAGAAUUGUUAAUCCUUGCAUGGUGAUGUAGAUGCUGUAACUAAACACGGUUAAAUUAGAAUCUUCUUGAAUGAACGAUAAAUGUAGCAAGAAUAAACCACAUAACUGAGUCUUACUUUAUUUCUUCAUGCAUUGCCUGAUCAAAAAUAUGACUUGAUACUUCAUCUGUUGUAGCAUUUAAAUAAAGUACUGCAGUGGCAGCCA